AUGAGUACAUCACAAAACGAUAUUCCAGAAAUUGAUUUGGGUACAGGAGAUGGUGAAUCAAAAUAUAUAUUAGUAAAAUAUAAUGAUAGAAUUCUUGUACGAAAAGCAGAAGGAAAAGAUGAUUAUCAUAAUGAUAUUUUUAAAAAAUUAGAAGGUCAAAUUGGCAGUGGAAAAGCAGAACCAAUUGGUGGUGGUAAAAUGAAUGUAGAUUCGAAAAAUAAGAAGAUAGAUGUACAUGGAAAAUCAGACUCAUAUGGUCCAGCCGAUCACAAUCAAACUGUUAGUAUAUUAAAGAAAAAAUAUCCGGAUUGGACAAUUCAAGUUAGCAAAGAUUAA